UUUCUCAUUGAAAACCACUCCAGGCAUGGACCAUUUUGUAAAUCUUAGAAAGGACACAACACGAACUAAGUGGACACGAGUUGUAGGCGACACUUUUGCUGUGGAGGACGUGCUUAAUUAUACAUCUGUAACAAUUAACUUAAGAAAACUCGGUAAUUCGUCCAUGAAAACCAGGAUUGAAAACUACAACCGUACAUUCAACGUUACCCUUUUUCAAGCCGAGGUGGGUGAUGCAACAAAUAUAUCAUGGACAAUUUCGCACUUUCCUUCAGCGGGAUGGUACGAAAUUUAUCAUUCUUAUUACGGUGAAGUUGAAACUAUAAUGAUGAUAUUCAACGAAAGAAGACCUUUAAGAAAUUCUUAUAAGUAUAUUUACCACAGCCGUCCAUUUAACUCUCUAAAUAUACAAUUUGAGGUGAAAAACAUUUCAAGAAAGGACUGUGGAUAUUACUUUGGAGGUACGAUCGAGGCCCAAUCAUCUUCAACGCAGGCUGUGGUUCUUUUAGUUCAAGGAAAGCCAACAGUACCUGUAAUUACAGGAGAUAUGCAGGUAAAAAAAGGAAACAAUGCUUCGUUUACAUGCCAUAGCAAAUCAACUUCCACACCUGGCUAUUAUAAAAAAUUUCCACCUCUAUCAUACACUUGGUACAUCGACAACACUGAGAUGAUUGGAUAUACAACUGAAACAUACACUUUUCUUGCCACAAAAAAUUAUGAACAGAGCGUUAUUUCCUGUAGAGCAAAGGAAACACUCGAGUCUGCUCGAAGUAAAGAAAUAGUGAUUGAUAUACUAUAUGGUCCAGAAGAUAUAAACAUUUCACCAGCAGUGCCUUCUGGUGAGAUAUAUCUUCAUGAUGGAGCUACAUUUGGUCCGUAUAAUUGUACUGUUGACUGCAAUCCACCGUGCAGGGUUCAGUGGAUGGUCAAAAGAUCGUAUGGCAAUUUCAGCUAUUUUGCUAAUGCUUCUUCUUUGGAAUAUACUUUGGCGACAAUUCCAGGGCAACGAGUUUAUAGAGGAAAUGCGACCCUAUUUCUGUGUGUGGCGUACGGAAGUGCCUUUAAAAAUAAAAGUAAAUCAAUAAAACUUGACAUACAAUAUUUAACUCAACCCAAAUUGUGUAUAAAUGGUAUUGCAAAAAACAUGUCAAAUGUACAAGAAAAUUCAACUCUCGAGUUAUCAUGUUACGUAGAGGGAAACCCCAGCCCCACAAUAAUAUUCAGCAAAGGUUCUUGGAAGCAGGUUAUAAGAAGUUUUGGAAAUUGGUUAAACUAUACGUUCGUUAAAAAAGCCCAGUGUUCUGACUCGAACACGUACAGAUGUGAAGGGAGUUCAGAUGCAUUUCCUGCUAAAUCGAAAACACUUGGCUUCACUGUUAUGUGUAAUCCCCGCCUCGACGAUCGGAUGGAAAUAAAACUGAUCUAUCUUAUUCCCAAUAUACCCGCAGUAGUAUCAAUAAACGUACCAAUUAUCUCCUACCCUAUACCAAAGUUGCUUACGUGGUACUCAGCGUUUUCUAACUAUGGGAUUCUGACAAAAAUUAAUCAAAGAAAUGACAUUUACCAGCACUGGGUAUCCAGUACAAUACCUGUGUAUAAUGAAAGUUUUCUGGGAAAAUAUACUCUUUUUGGAGAUGAGUUUGAACUAAUAACCAUACAAAUAUCAGUACAGACAAUACAGAUAGAGAACUCAGAGUCUCAGAUAAACAUAUUGAUAACUGUUGGUGUCCUUGGUAGCUUAUUGCUUCUAGUCAUGACUGCUAUUGGUGUUUACAAGUUUUUGCAUCGUGCAGAAAUACCUGUGUCUCCAGGACACCCAACACCAGCGUCACGUGAUGUGAUAACAUCAACUAAAAUGAAUGAAGGAACCCAUGACGAUGCUAUGGAUGCAUAUGAAAGACAUGAAGCUCCUCUCGACAAAAAAACAAGUGUUGAUAAUGAGAGAUAUAAAGAAAUACACGGCGAGAACAUUGCUGUAUUACCAAUGUAUAAUCAGAAUAUUACAUGUAUUAGGGAUGAGAAUAAUCAGUAUGAGGAAUUGAAACCUUAACAGGCAAAUGAAAAUGAGUAUACGUACAUCUCUUCGGUAAAAUAAUAAACUCAUUUUUAUGAAACUGAAUAAAAAUUAUAUAUAUAACGUCCACUAUCAACGUACAAGUUUUCUACACUUUACGCAACCAUUCCUCACAAGGAAUUAAA